GUCGGGAGCACGAGCGGGCAGACCUGGUAGACGGAGAGAGAGGGGCAAAGUUGCUGGUAUCGGGUGUAGGCCAGGAGCCCAGAGCCGGGGGACUGUGUGUGUGGGCGAGCGGUAGAAAGCGCGCGGACGGGUCAGGGACCUGGUACCGACAGCGAGCGAGGGGACUGGUCGGGGCGGACACAGGCAGCCUAGCUGGGCCUGGGUGCCGGGAUAUCAGCGGCGCCGGCUCAGGGUAGAGGGAGAGCGGCGGCAACAGGGAGCCAGCGAUCCGGUGUCCCGGGAGCUCAGCCACCGCGAUGCUGUGUUAUGUGACCAGGCCCGACUCGGUGGUGAUGGAGGUGGAGGUGGAUCCGAAAGCGAACGGCGAGGACUGUCUGAACCAGGUUUGUCACAGGCUCGGGAUUAUAGAAGAUGACUAUUUGGGUUUGCAGUACUCCGCGAAUAAAGGGGAGACUCUUUGGCUGAACUUGAGGAACCGAAUCUCUCAACAGAUCGAAGGGAUGCCUCCUUAUAGAUUCAAGCUCCGAGUCAAAUUUUUUGUGGAGCCUCACCUCUUACUUCAGGAGCAAACCAGGCACCAGUUUUUCCUUCACGUCCGGGAUGACCUACUAAGCGGGCGCCUACAUUGUUCACCAGAGCAGGCUGUGGACUUAAGUGUACUUCUAGCACAAGUGGAAUUUGGAGACUACAAUCAAAACACUGCCAAAUAUUCUUAUGAAGACCUUUGUACAAAUGAGUUAAACACUACCAUUUUGAACAGUAUUGUUGCAAGACACAAGGGAUUAGAAGGAAUGAGCCAAUGCACAGCUGAGUAUAGAGUUCUACAGAUUGCAUGCACACUAGAACACUAUGGUGUAGAGUGGCAUUCAGUAAAAGAUGGUGAUGGACAGAAGAUGAUGAUUGGAGUUGGGCCUGAUGGCAUAUCUGUCUGCAAAGAGAACUUGAGUUUAAUUAACAGGAUUUCAUAUCCUAUAAUCCAGAUGGCUACCCAAUCUGCAAAAAAUGUUUACCUUACCAUCACCAAGGAAUCUGGUAGCAGCAUAGUGCUAAUGUUAAAGCUGAUCAGUACCAGAGCAGCAAGUGCCCUUUAUCGUGCGAUAACUGAAACCCAUGCUUUUUACAGGUGUGAUACUGUUACCAAUGCUGUCAUGAUGCAAUAUAGUAGAGACUUCAAGGGCCACCUUGCUUCUUUGUUUCUCAAUGAAAACAUCAAUCUGGGUAAGAAAUAUGUUUUUGACAUCAAACGCACAUCCAAGGAGGUUUAUGACCACACACGAAGAGCUUUGUAUAAUGCUGGCAUUGUAGACUUUGUUCCCCACGAUCAAGAUGGCCAGAACUCUCCACUUAAAUCUUCAGAGCAUGAAUUGAACUGUAACAGUUGUGAAGGGCUGAGCUGUCAGCAAAGCCAAGCACUCCAAGAAAAGCUUCGAAAACUUAAAGAAGCAUUAUUGUGCAUGGUCUGUUGUGGCGAGGAGAUUAAUACAGCCUUCUGCCCCUGUGGCCACAUGGUUUGCUGCAAUUCUUGUGCUAAUCAGCUGCAGGCCUGCCCAGUUUGUCGCUCUGGAAUUGAUCAUAUUCAGCAUGUAUUCCUACCCACAUGUGCCAGUCUACUCAACCUCACUGUAAUUUGAACAAUCCCAAGGGUCAGCAUUUCUGACUGGAUGAUCUUCAGAGUUCUUCCACAUAACAGAAGGAAUCAGGAAGCACUCCCGUGUUUGUCCUAAUGCAAAUAUAACUGUUUGUUCUAGACCUCUCUGUUCUCAUAUCAACAGAUUAUGGAAGUUUUUGGUACAACUUGUAAAACACUGAAGAUUCACUAAGAAACUUCUCAGAUUGUAUUAAAAGACUGGCCAAAUUCAAGACCAAUUGCCGAGGUCUAUUUGUUGAUCUGAAAAUGUACUGUAGCAUUUUCUUCCAGAAGCUUGUAAAUGGAGAUUUGGUGACACUGCCUGAACAAUCCCUUUACCUGGAUAUUGUUAUUUCUUAAUUAUAUUCAUCCAUAGUGUUAGAACUUUUAAUUCGAUUGUUUUGACAUGCUUUUUUUAAAAAAAAAUAAGCUUUUUAAACUUUUUUGGUCUUUUUGUAAUUCACAUGUAAGUGACACCAAAAUUAACAACAUUGGUGCAAGUGGAACAGAAUCAUUUGAGGUGUGUAAUAGCUUUAUUCAUCCUUUCUGAAACCAAUUACAGGGUGGAAAGUGCUGUAUUUUAAAUGUGAUUUUUUGAAAUUCUGAUCUUUUCUAUCCACAGCAGAAAAAAUUCUUAAUUCUGCAACAUGCAAAUUCACUAGUUCUACACCACCUCCUUCAGACAUGACAAAGCUGAAUUGUUUAAAACCAGGUUUGGUUAUGGAGUUUCUCUACUCUGAAAUGUAUGGUCCGUAGAAUUUUUCAAAUGCAAAGACUUGCUAGAAGACCAAUUUUUGUGCAAUUCUGGAUGCUUUCGAGGCUAGGAAUAAACUAGUGUCACUUUAUCAAGGAAUUUCCAAAAUGUAUUGUUCAUAGGGUUGCCUUAAUGUAGCAGCAAUGAUAGACUCCAUCUGUUUAUGUACAGAUCAGGUUCUUUGCACAGAUGUUUCAGACUUUUAAACAUAUAUUGUUGACUGUCAUGUUAGCACAUAGCCUCUUGCUCAAAGGGGCAUCUAUUUUUUCACUUUGUAUAAAUGAGGUUUAUUUCCAUUUGAAGCAAAAACAUUGUCUAAGCUAGAUUUAACUUGACUUUUUUAUAUUCCUUUUAAAGUGUUAAUAAAAAUUUUGUAUCAAA